AUGGAGACUAAUAAAUUUAAUGGCACAAACUACAACAAUCGGCUGCAAAAUCUAAAGAUUGUCCUAAAUUUCAAGAAUCAGGUCUAUGUCUUCGACAAGUCGCUCCCGACGACAUUACUGAAAGGAUCCUUGCUCAAAGAAUGUGUGACGUUCGAGAGGUGGCAUGAGAACAACUGCAAGGUCCGCUGUACCAUAUUAGCUUUGAUGAUCAAUGACUUCCAAAAGAAAUAUGAUAGGUUGGAAUACAUUCCCUCGAUAAUGCUUCACAUAAAGGAAGUUUAUGCAACUCCUGAUAGGCAUAUUAGAUAUGCCGCUACAAAAGCAUUUUUCGUGACAAAGAUGACUGAAGGAUUUUCUAUGCAAAGGCAUGGCGUCAAAAUGCUUCCCUCGCAGAGAAGCUCAAAGACCUCAAAGCUGGGCUUGACUGUGUCAUGUACAUCAAUGUGA